AUGAGCUCCGUGGCCGAAGGUCGUUUGGAGGAGGUGCAGAUCUACCGACUGCUCCAGUGUGUUCACGGGGGAGACAAGGCACAGAUUGAGAAACUGGUGCGGAUGGGUGUCGGUGACCUUAUCAAUGUCACGGAGCCGCGAGAGGGCAAAGGCACUCUACACCUGGCAGCCGUUUCAAACAACGUGGAUAUGGGCACCUUCCUCUUUUCUCAAGGUGCCCGACCCAAUGUGCAAGACAAGCGUGGUCGUACACCAGUGAUGCUGGCCGCAGAACUCGGACAUGACGUCAUGGUCUCUUUUCUGGCACAGAAGCAAGCUAAAAUGACCUUGGUUGAUGAGGAGGGGAAAGGCGUUCUCUUCUACUGCAUCUUCCCCACCAAGCGGCACAUGCGAUGCCUGCAGGUGGCUCUUGACAGCGGGGCCGACGUGAACAACGUCUCAUUCGCGGGGGUGCCCGUGCUCCUGCUGGCGUGUGAGCAUGCUCUCGAAUGCGAGCCCAUGUGCAUGAGCCUCUUGGAGAAAGGCGCCGACCCCAAUGCCACCAGUCAGGUGACAGGUCGCACUGCUCUAAUGGAGGCAGCCAGAGUAGGGGCAGUGGAACUUGUACGGGCUCUCCUCAAAAAUGGAGCCAGUGUCAAUGCUCUGGACAAGAAAAGGUUCCAUGCCGCCCAUUUUGCUGCAAAAGGAGGCUUCUUUGAGGUCAUACAGGUGCUUUCAGCCUACUCAGCAGAUAUAGGUGUGAUGACAGCAGAGGGGAACACUCCUCUACAUUAUGCUGCCCGAGGUGGAUUCACUGAGUGCUGCAGGUUCCUUGCUCAAAGAGGUUGUAACCCUAAACUGAAAAAUCAAGAGGGUCUCUUGCCACGUCAGAUUGCCAAAGACAAUGGUCAUAAGGCUGCGGUCAAAGAGCUGAAGAGAGCUGAGCGACUGCAUGGCAGGAUCUUAAACACAGGCACAUCCACAACCAAUGAGCCCUGGGCUGUCACUCUUCACGACUGGUCCCAUGAGAAUGAAGCAGCGUUGAGAAGCGCUUUCGACUCCGCUGCAGACGAUACCUUCGACACGGACGUGGUCUCCAGGGAAGUGUUCGCGUCUGUGCUGCAGCAGCUUCAGGCACCCGUCGACGACAGUCACCUCCAGAUGCUGCUGUUCGCUCAUGACAAACGGAGGGAGGGCUUGAUCAACCUUAACGAGUUCUUUAAAGGCCUUAAGUACCUGCCCAAAACUUUUGUUAUUGCCUCCUAUGGACCAAAGAAGAAGAAGAAGAAAGGAAGGGGGGCGAAGGCCAAGAAGAAGGCGAAGUUCAAACCUCCUCUGCCCAUAUGUACCAUCCCACCCGAGCUCGUCUAUCGCCGUGCCGACGGGGGGCCGCCGCAUUUCAUGAUUGAGAGCUUCCAGCUCCACACUGACAUCAACCGCUUUGACCGAGACCACCCGCCGGUACACCCCAUCGAGGAUGACUCAGCUUGGUACAUUGACGAGCCAGAGAGGAUUUACAUAAACAUAAACCAGUGCGUUAUGACGGGAGACUUGGAGUCCCUUGAACUGGCCUUCAGCCAGCACGUGCCUGUGGAUGUUAAGGACCGGUUUUAUAAGACACCGCUCAUGACAGCAUGUGCUACUGGGAACUAUGAAGUAGCCAAGUAUCUUCUUGACCUUGGAGCCAAUAUCAAUGCAUGUGACCAGUUCAGUUGGACACCACUUCACCAUGCUUGCCAUGCUGGGCAGCUGGAUAUCAUUGAGUUGCUGGUGGAGGCAGGGGCAUCGUUGGAGGCUCCUGCUCUAAACGGGGCCACACCCUUAAUGAGAGCCAUAGAGAGCGGCCGGCCCUGCUGUGUGGACUACCUCAUCAAAGCUGGAGCUAAAGUCACUGCUGAAAACAAGAAAGAGCAAAAUUGCUUGGACAUUGCCCGUGCUUAUGCAGACUUUAGGAUCGUGGACUUGAUCCAAGCUAAGAUUGAUACUCUGCCUAAACCCAAGGACAACAAGAAGGCAAAAGCAAACAAACCUCAACCUAAGCCUAGACCAGCUACCUCCAAGGAAGAGAAGAAAGGUUCCACUCCGACUACCACACCAACUACCUCAAACACAGCAGUGAAGAAAACAGUAAAGAAGGAAAGAGAGAGCGUUAUUUUGCGCAGCACUCAAAUCACCAGUGGAGCCAUCAACAAAGUCGACAUCAGCUUUGUGCCAAGAACGGUUUGGGGUAAGCCACUGACAACCAACCAGCUAAUAGAGAAGAGAGAGAAGAGGAGAGAGCGUUUCAGCCAUGACGUGGACUUUGAUGACUUUUUGAUGCCCUUCAGUAAAAACAUCCUGAAGAAGUCUCUAGAACUGUCAGGAUAA